UGCAGUUCGUCAUGUCUCGAUUUGGAUAAAGUGAUUUAAUUUCAGAAUUUUCGGAAUUUCUGGACCGUGGUGUAAAAAUAACUCAACGCUUCUGGUUCCCGAGUGCGUGACCAGCUAGAACUGAUUGCCCGCCGUUCAGUGCUGCAGAUUUUGGGUGUUGUGCUGCACUUUUUGGGGGAGCAAUGUCCCUUACAAGGCUGUGCGGCUCCGGCGCCCACUGGCGGCUGCUGUUUAAGCCGUCGGCCGUGACCACGACCAGGGCUCUGUUUUCAGGAACUGGUUCCGGGUUGGCACGGGUUCUCGGCAGUGGAUCACCGCCGUCGUCGUCGUCGUUGGCUCGGAUUGCGUCCGACGGAAGUGAGAGGGGAAGUGGGGAGCGAGGAUAUAAGAAUUUUGGCCACAAGCCAGAAAAGGAGGCGACCAUUACGAAGGCUUUCUAUAUCUUUUUGGCCGUGAUGAUGGUCGGAGCCUGUGUCGACUGGCAAAAACUUCGUCACGCAGUUGGGUGGCCAAAGGUGGACGCCGAUGCCGGAAUAAAUGUGGAGAAAAAUGAACCGGCGAGCGAGGUCGGCUCGGAGGAGGACUCCGACGAUGAUACCGACGAGGACGGUCAGAAGAAGAAGCCCCGUAAGGAAAAGAUCGGUUUCCGGGAUCGCAAGAUCAUCGAGUACGAGAACCGCAUCCGGCAGUUCUCCACCCCGGACAAGGUGUUCCGCUACUUUGCCACGAUCCAGGCGCCCCAGGGCGAAACGGUCGAGGUGUUCAUGACGCCGAUUGACUUUCUCACGAGCAUGACACCGGGCAUGAAGCAACCAGAGGGUCUCGGUUUGGACCAGUACAAGCGUUACGAUGCCAAGAGCGUUUCGACCCGGCUGGAUCUGCACCUGGACAACAACAGCAUUUUCUACAAGCUCGGGGCGUACGGGCUGAUUUCCUUCUCCGACUACAUCUUCCUGCUGACGGUGCUGUCGACAUCCCGGCGCCACUUUGAAAUCGCGUUCCGCAUGUUCGACCUGAACGGGGACGGCGACGUGGACAGCGAGGAGUUUGAGAAGGUGGCCAACCUGAUCCGCCAGCAGACGAGCAUCGGCAGCCGGCACCGGGAUCACGCCAACACGGGCAAUACUUUCAAGGGUGUAAAUUCGGCACUGACAACGUACUUCUUUGGCCCGAAAAAUGACGAAAAGUUGACGAUCGAAAAGUUUCUGGACUUUCAGCAGCAGCUGCAGCGGGAGAUCCUAACGUUGGAGUUUAUGCGUAAGAAUCCGGACGAAAACGGUAACAUUAGCGAGUCUGACUUCGCCGAACUGCUGCUUGCUUACGCUGGCUACACGCAAAAGAAGAAGGUUAAGAAGAUCAAGCGUGUCAAGAAGAGGUUCCGCGACCACGGCGCCGGCAUUUCCAAGGAGGACUAUCUGAACUUUUUCCACUUUCUGAACAACAUUAACGACGUCGAUACUGCUCUAACUUUCUACCACAUUGCCGGGGCGUCCAUCGAUCAGGCCACGCUGAAACAUGUGGCGAAGACGGUAGCACUGGUAGAGCUUACCGAUCACGUCAUUGACGUUGUGUUUACGAUCUUCGACGAGAACAUGGACGGACAGCUCAGCAACCGAGAGUUUGUGGCGGUCAUGAAGAAUCGGCUGAUGAGAGGACUGGAAAAGCCCAAAGACACCGGCUUCGUCAAGCUGAUGCACUCGAUUCUAAAAUGUGCCAAGGACACCAAACCGGUGCUGCUGGAUCUGUAAGUACGGUCGGCUACGGUGUAAUCUUCGUGUGUAAUCGUCCACUUGUGGGAAAUUACUAACUAAAUAUAAGGAGAUUUCAUAUUUUGUAUAUGUUUAAAAUUGUGUUCAUCUGAAUCUAUGUUUCGUUUAAAAAUUCUAACAUUUGUUACUUUAAACGAGAUUAUUUCAUACAAACUAUAUGUAGAGAUGAAGUAAGCAAAUGUACUUAGCCAUCAAACACUCAGUCACACUAAACUAUCAAGCGCAACAACGCAGAAGUAGAGAAAGAAAAAUCGUUACCAGUUAAGUGUCAGCAAACUACCCAAACAAAUCGCAUUUUAGUCCAUUCUUCCGACUUAUUGGUCCAUUUGAAUGUUGAGCGUGUCCGCGUCCUACCUUUUUCAUCUGUUCUCUCGAAUCUAAACUAUUGUAAAUGUCUGAUAUUAAAUCAAUUGUUAUUGUCCAUA